UUGUCAGUUUAACUUUAUUCUUAUGAAUAUAUACACACAUAAAUCACAAUAGCGUGAUGCAUCAAUUAAACAAAUCCACAAGGUCAUUGAUGAGGGGUUCGAACUUACGCCCGGGAUGAUCCUAGACGCUGCCUUUGUCGACUUUACUCUUAUGUUUUUAAACGUUUGAAUAUUUAUUAGCAUAGAAAAAAUACAAAGAAACAAGUUCCAUCAUCGAGCAACCUUCGUCACCUGAGGUAGCAGCUAUAUAACCCUGGGCCGCCGCGGGUUGGCUCAUUACUCAUUAAGCUCGCAGACUACGAGGUUGGUCACAAUCAGUACAACCAUAGCAGUCACUCUCACUACCACCUGUGUUCCCUUACCAACACCACUCCUCACCACCAAUCACCAGAUAUAUUCAACUACAACCACCACCGCAUCAACUAGUUUCACCAGCCGUGUUCCAGAUACUUUCUGAAACACUGGCACGUGUCGGAAAGACGUUUUAUAAAGUGGUCACGUAACUACAUAUUCUUGUGUGUUUUCCAUCAUGAGUCAACAGUCUAAGAAGGAUUUAGAUGUUACGAAUUGCAGCCGUGGGCUGUGGCUGGUCAAGGUACCUAAAUAUUUGGGGGACAAAUGGGCAAACUGUGCUGGCCAUGACGUUGGGAAGCUUAAGAUUACCAGGGUUCCUGGUGAACGUCCAACAAUAACCUUUAAGUCAAGCGAACACACCAUGAAGGACGGCAAAAUUCCUCGGGAGCACAAGGUAAUCUCUCAUAGUCUUAAGAAAAUGACACUCGGAGUUCUUUCUCAACCAGAUCCUGGCAGUAGCUCGGCUGCUGCAGCUCCCGAGACACAGCAAUUGUACUUGGAGGGACAAGUCAUCCACAAACUAGAAUGUCAGCCUGUAGUGGACGACUACUAUAUCAAUCAGAAAAAGGAAGCUGUGAAGAAAGCUGCCAAGCCUCUUCACACGGUAAAGCUUAUUGACAGACCCUUCAAUGUCUAUAAGCCUAUAUCACAUCAUAAACAAAAUGUUCAUUUAGAACAGAAGAAGAAGGCAGCAGGCAAGAUGAUUCGUGAUGAUAAGGAUAAGGUCAUGGAGUUGUUGUUUGCUGCAUUUGAAAAGCAUCAGUAUUACAAUAUUAAGGAUCUCCACAAGAUUACCCGACAACCAAUCACAUAUCUAAAGGAGAUCCUGAAGGAACUAUGUGACUAUAAUGUUAAACAUCCACACAAAAAUAUGUGGGAACUCAAGCCUGAGUACCGUCAUUAUAAGACUGACGAAAAGGCUGUGGAAAAUUCAGUGAGUGAUUAGGGUCAUACUACACUUUGUUUCACAGUACAAGGGUAAAGAAAACGUUGUGAAAGAUGCAGGUAGUCAUUAGGCUCAUACUUCAUGUCUAAGGUUGUGAUCUACCUAGCGGUGCUUGUGCAGCUGGCCACUGCCCUUUACUACAAGGGUCUGUCCCGUCUCCCAGACUGUGCAGUUCUAGGACGAGAGGCAGAAUGUCACAGAUCGAGGUGUUGCAAGCGUCGUUGCCCAUCAACCAGGUCAUCCUCAACACCGUGUUCCAGACCAAUGUUGUUCCCGUGACCAGCGUCACAGUCCAGAAGGUGACGGUACCAGCCCUGCAGCUGGUAAUGAUUGACGUGCAGCUGUUGGAGGUAACUAAGCCCCUGACGGUGAUGAACGUCGACACUGUCACCACCAUACUUGUGGAAACGCAGCUGAACAACCUCACCAGCACCGCCUUUAACUUACUUUUGGGACAUCCUGAAUAUAUCACAUGUUCUAUGUAUCAAUAUCACGUGUUCAAUGUACCAAUAUCACAUGUUUGAUGUAUCAAUAUCACAUAAAUAAAUACUUGUGGAACCUCU